GUGCAAAUAAAUGUUCAUAACCAGAAACAGGAGUCAUCUGCUACCCAUUUCUGAUUACGGUUCAGGGGGUGUUUACGUAAAAUGUUUACCUUUGACUUAAUAUAAAGCUUGGAAUGAAUAAAACCAUUAAAAACUGUUACCACUCUAUGCCUUAAAAGUCAUCGUAUAAGUAUUUUCUUUGACGUAUCUUUGGUGGCAGCUAUUAAAUUCCAAAAGUCUUUUCCCACCUAUUUGGUGACCACAUCCCGCUAACCAUGUGUAACAGGGACUGUUGCCAGGCCAGGUCGCCGAUUGCCAAGCGAAUGGCGGCACGGCGGCUUUUGCAGAUGGAGGAGGAGGAACGGAAGAAGCCCAAGAUGGUGAUCCCGACACCGCAAAGUCUGUUCUACCCCUUCGACGUAGUGGAGGCCAUGGCCAAGUACAUUACAGACGUCGGUCGCAUCCGUCCGAAGUACGGAUUGAUUUGCGGCAACUUCUUGGGUGAGAUGAUCUCUCUGGUGGAGCAGCCGGUAAUCAUUCCCUACGAGGAUAUCCCCAACUUCCCCGACGGCAUAGAGCCAGACUGUAGCUUCGUAGUGGGUGCAUUUAUGGGUGCCCCCAUUGUAGCGACAGUCAAUCGGUUCCACUUCUGCGAAGGCUACAACCUGGCCACCUGCUCGCUGCCCGUCCGCGUGAUGCAGUUGUGCGGGGUCAAGACCAUCAUGCUGGCCGCCGAGGCAGGCGCUGUGAGUCAGAAAUUCGGCCUGGGCGACAUAGUGCUGGUCCAUGACCAUCUGAAUAUGGUGGGCAUGAUGCACCAGACGUCGCUGGAGGGACCCAAUGAUCCCCGCUUUGGCAGCCGCCGCUUCUCGAUGGUGAACGCAUAUGAUAACGAUAUGCUGGAAAUGGCUUUGGAGAUUGGAAAGAGAAUGGGCAUUCAACAGUUCCUCCAUAAAGGUGUCUUCGCUUGCCUCGGUGGUCCUGUCCACGAGACCUUAGCUGAGGAGCGAAUGCUGCGAGCGAUGGAAGUUGAUGCUGUGGGAAUGGGCCUGGUGCCCGAGGUGAUUGCCGCCCAUCAUGGUGGCCUAAAGGUGCUCGCCUUUGUGGUAAUCAGUCAGGUGGCAAACGAUAUAGAAAAUGUCGAGAAGGACAAGGACACGGACACGGAUGUGAGAAACGAAAAGCCGGAGGAGGAAUCCCCGGAGAUCUCCCCACUCAGGAUUCAAGCCUGUUCUGAUCUGAUCGGUCAUAUGCUCUACUACAUGCACCAUGAGCUCUGACGUUCGAUUCGCCCCGUCCCGUCCCAAAAAUAGAUUUCUUAAA